UGCUGCACGAACGAGGGUCAAGUCCUGGAGGAAAUCUACUAUUUGUUCACAUACUAGGUGAACGUGCUCGAUCACUUAUUUCAGAUGCCUAAUCUCUGUCACCUGACUAUCAAUGUCCGCGAAUGCGGCUGGGUUGGGGACGACGAUGAAUCUAACGACGCGCUAUCUGAGCUAGAGGUUGAAGAAACCCCUCAAUCGGACGCUUUCUGGAUGUUCUUCGAAGCCAUAAUGAGCGGGAUGAGAAAUCGAAAGAGGAGCAACCUCGAUAGUGUAAAGGUCGCUCUGAAGGAUGCCUUCGUUGAGGAGAAGUGCGCCGCAUUGAAAGAUUUCAUCUCGAAAAACCAAGGUGUUUGGAAACGUGUGAAGGCCAAGGCUUGCAGGCCUUAUUGGACUUACUGUGAAGCAGACACGGCGGAUGUCAACCUGGACUACUCGGGAGAUGAGCACUGGAGCUGCACGACUGUUGUCAAGUCAAACGGUUCCUGGUGGAUUGGCAAGCCCGGUCCCGUCGAUGACUCACAAGCCCGUGAGUAAGUACAGUGCCUUGCCAUAGAUCUCCGGGCAGCGGAUAGACUUCUAAUCUGCGUACACUCUCUUGACGCUGUCUGGGGUAAUCUCGCGAGUUUAGUAGUUGUCUAAAAUGCCGAACUUCUCUCCUAUUCGGAAUGCUAAAAAUACGUUGAAGCUCCUCGUGCAGUGGUAAA